AUGGCCCGUGCUUGCUUGGCAGCGGUGAUAGCAUUCAGUAGCCUGGCCUUUGGGCUUGGCGAGACCUGCGUGGAGGAGCACAGCCUGAUGCAGCAGAAGUUGGCGCAAACGGAAGCUCGAAAAGCUGCCGUCUCCUUUGUGCAAACCUGGCAGCUCACUACUGGCCAUCCUGGUUCCCACAGCCCUGAGAGUCUCGGUGAGCUUACGGAAGGACUCAAGAAGAUGGCGAAGGGCCGGAAGCAUGGCUCAAAGCUGGAUGAGUCUUCGUCGGGUGCCUUGGAGGGGAUCCAAAAGCAGAUGGGCAAGAUCAAGAAGGACACCCUGGAUGACCACCACACAGCCAUCAAGCAGCUCAACGCCCUCUACGACGCCAUCACGAGCUGCGAGGCCCCGUCCUCUUCAAAGCCGGAGGCUGCCAAGAACAAGCUUGAAGGCCAGCACGCCACCUGCAGAGGUGAGGAGGCCGCCGCCCUUGGAAAGCGAGAAGUUGAACGUGUGGAGUAUGAGGCUCUUACCUCGCCCCCGCAGCCCUGCUUCGCGCAGUUCAACGACGGGAGUUUGGGGACCUUGCAACACCACGACGUGAUGAUGGACUGCGCAGAGAAGAUUCGAACCUGGGCCCACACUCUCCGGCAAUCGGGUCCCAAGAAGAAGGCGGACUACGAAAAAGCGGCUCAGAGGUAUCUGCAGAAGCAGGCCCAGUGCAACGGCCUUCAGCGUCAGUUCGAGAGCAGCUUCUGCGCGUUGGAGACGAGCAUCGAGGACGGGUGUGAAAGUCUGCAGAACUGCUACAGUGCGGCCGUGGGGAGCUGGGAGAGCUCCAAACCCGACUUCCAGGCCAUGGAAGCCUCCCGUAAGGCGACGUUCCGGGCGGCCGAGAAGGUCAUUUGCCUGGUUACGGCCAUGAUGCAGACGCAAGUGCUGGACGAGGACAUCGGUGCAUGCGACAACCUGGAUGUGGACACCUUGCCCUUGGACUUGCCCUCCUUCCGCAACGCUCCGCCGCAGCCCACAUGUGACUUUUCCUCAGUGUCUCCGGCGCCCUGCGAGAAAAGCUUCGUCUCUCUGUACUACAUCUCCCAGGAUUGGUAUGCAGAAGCCCCUGCCGAGACCUGCACUCCCUGCGCAAGUGGCCCACUCAUGCUUGUGCCCCCAAGUGGCCCCGGUCCGCUUGCGCCCCAAAGUGGCCCAAGUUCGGAUGCGACCUCAAGUGAGGCAAAUAACAACAGUCCACUUGGGCCCUCAAGUGGCCCAGGUGGCCCAAGUUCGGUUGCGCCCUGA